UAAACUCCAGAGAGAAAGGGAGUGUGGGAGUUUGCCGGACCGAGGAGACGCUGUCAGUGACAAGGCACAGGAAUCUGCCCAGAGCUGAAGGGAUGCCAUGAGCAGAACAGCCUGCAAAAGAUCCUGUGAAUAACUUUAAAAAGACAGACCUCCAAACCUGAGAGAGAGCAAGAACAAGGCGCUUUACAGGAGACUUUUUGUUUGCUUGCUUAAAAAUCAAGUUUUGAAGGAUUUAAUAAUAUUAUUUCAGUAUUUCCUGUAGGCUUUUCAGAGAGUUUAUAACUGAGGUGAAUACUCAAUUUGCUAAUUUGCUGUCUGCAUUUUGUAUUUGAGGACAUUAGUGGAUUAUAUGAGUUGCAAGAGAGCUGGCUGCUUUUAUAUUGAUUAUUUUCAUCCAUUAGUAUAUUUAGAUAACCACAGGACGAUAUUUUUGUGACUUUAAAAGUUGUUUGUGAGUUUUGGAGCUGGUAUUCUUACGCCCAUGGCUGUCCCUGAACCUGUUGCCACUCGGAGGUUGGCACUGGACUGUCGUACCCUGCUGGAUCACCGCCCGAGUCGUGGGGUGUGUGGUUGUUGCGGAGCGCUGAGGCCGCGCUACAAGAGACUGGUGGACAACAUCUUCCCUGAAGACCCAGAGGAUGGGUUGGUAAAGGCUAACAUGGAGAAGCUGACUUUUUACGCCCUGUCUGCUCCAGAGAAGUUGGAUCGGAUCGGGGCGUACCUGUCUGAGAGACUGUCUCGUGAUGUAGCUAGACACCGUUAUGGGUAUGUGUGUAUUGCGAUGGAAGCCCUUGACCAGCUGCUAAUGGCCUGCCACUGUCAGAGUAUCAACCUGUUUGUGGAGAGUUUCCUGAAGAUGGUACGGAAACUCCUGGAGGCUGACAAGCCCAACCUGCAAAUCCUGGGAACAAACUCGUUUGUGAAGUUUGCUAACAUUGAGGAGGACACCCCCUCGUAUCAUCGCAGUUAUGAUUUCUUUGUGUCACGGUUUAGUGAGAUGUGCCAUUCCAACUAUGAAGAUCCUGACAUCCGCACCAAAAUCCGAAUGGCUGGCAUCAAAGGUCUACAGGGAGUAGUAAGGAAGACCGUAAACGAUGAGUUGCAGGCAAACAUCUGGGACCCUCAGCACAUGGACAAGAUCGUCCCCUCGCUGCUCUUCAAUCUGCAGUCUGGUGAAGGCACAGAGAGUCGCUCGCCCUCCCCGCUGCAGGCCAGUGAGAAGGAGAAAGAAAGCCCAGCCGAGCUGACAGAGCGCUGCUUUCGGGAACUGCUGGGCCGUGCCGCCUAUGGCAACAUCAAGAACGCAGUCACCCCUGUGCUUAUGCAUCUUGAUAAUCACUCACUGUGGGAAGGCAAAACAUUCGCAGUGCGCUGCUUUAAGAUCAUCAUGUACUCCAUUCAGUCCCAGCAUUCUCAUCUGGUUAUCCAGCAGCUUUUGGGCCAUUUGGAUGCCAACAGUAAGAGCUCAGCCACAGUGCGUGCUGGGAUAGUGGAGGUCCUUCUGGAGGCGGCCGCCAUCGCUGCCAGUGGCUCUGUUGGCCCCACAGUGUUGGAAGUGUUCAACACGCUGCUUCGGCAUCUGAGGCUCAGUGUGGACUAUGAACUCACAGGAUCCUACGACUGCACCAACAUCGGCACCAAAAUCAUCAAGGAGCACGAGGAGAGACAGCUACAGGAGGCUGUCAUCAGGACUAUCGGCUCAUUUGCAAACACGUUACCCACGUACCAGCGCUCAGAGGUGAUGCUCUUCAUCAUGGGGAAGGUCCCUAUUCCAGGAAUGCAUCCCACACUGCCCUCUACAGGCUCAGGGCCUGAGGGCAACAGAAUGAUCCAAGUCAUGCUGUUGAAGUCUUUGAGACAGGUCACAUGUGGUUUCCAGACGACUAACAUGCUGACAGCUUUGCCCAACUCCUUUCUGGACCCACUGUUGUCAUUUGCUCUGCUGGAAGAUGCAGAAAUUCGACUGUUGGUGCUGGAAAUUCUGGUCAGCCUUAUUGAUCGUCAUGAUAACCUCCCCAAGUUCUCCACCAUCAGUAUCAUCUCUGAUAUCUCAGUGCUUAAACUCAAAGUGGACAAGUGCUCACGUCAAGACAACCUCUUCAUGAAGAAGCAUGCCCAGCACCUGUAUAGACACAUCUACUUGUGCAGUAAGGAACAGAGCAGCGUGCAGCCUCACUUUGAAAAGCUCUACACACUUCUGGCCCUCAUCAGCAUGGAGCUGGCUAACGAAGAGGUGGUGGUGGACCUGAUCCGUGUGGCGCUCGCUCUACAGGACUUGGCUCUGAGCAGUGAGGAAAUGUUACCGGUGUAUAACCGCUGUGCUGUUCAUGCUCUGUCAUCUGCUUACCUCAAUCUCAUCAGUCAGCUCACCACGGUGCCAGCGUUCUGCCAGCACGUUCAUGAGGUGAUUGAAAUGAGACAAAAAGAAAGUCCUUACCUGUUACCUGAGGAUGUCUUCAUUGAAAACCCAAAGAUUCCUAAGACACUAGAGAAGCCUGAAGGACAGCUGUUGUUCCAACAGUCCAAGAUUACUGAGGUUCUUGGAGGAAGCGGCUACAACACUGAACGACUAGCUACACCUUACAUCCCACAGUUCACAGAUGAGGACCGACUGUCAAAAAGAAAGAGCGUUGGAGAAACAAUAUCUCUGCAGGUGGAGGUAGAGUCCAGAAACAGCCCAGAGAAAGAAGAGAGAACACCAGCUGAAGAAAUCACUUUUGAAACACUAAAAAACGCCAUUGUGGAUAGUGUAGGCGUGGAGGAACAGGAAAAGGAACGCAGGAGACAGGUGGUUGAGAAGUUCCAGAAGGCCCCCUUUGAGGAAAUAGCUGCCCAUUGUGGUGCCAGAGCUACAAUGCUGCAGAGCAAACUUAAUCAAAUCUUUGAAAUCACGAUCAGGCCUCCUCCCAGUCCAUCUGGAACCAUCACAUCAAGUUACGGCCAAACCCAGAGUCGUUCUGUCCCCGUUUAUGAGAUGAAGUUCCCGGACUUGUGCGUUUACUAGCGCAGCUCAACUCAGGAACCUUCAGUAGCAGCCAGAGGUGCACAGAGCUGGAGGGUUUUAAGUAUUAAAUUAUAUUUUGAUGUUUUUAAUACAGGAAAACUAGGAGGUCAGUCCUCCUCUAUUCUAUAAAUCUCAUCGAUGUAUUGUCUCCUGUUCCCCUGUCUACACUAGACGUUUACACAUUGAAAGGAUUCCUGAUUAGAGUUCAGUACACAGAGUUUUCCCUUUUUACAAAUACUUUCCACAUAUUCUUUGAAACUCUGCUCUUCCAUAAUAAAAUCAGCUAACAUAAAUAUGUAUUUGCAGCAAAAACUCAACUCAACAGGGGGUGCAAAACAUGAGCAUACCCGAGUCAUAUUUCACCCUUAAGAAAAAACGAAAGAAGUAAUAAAUUAUAUUUUGUAUAAACAAAUCUUUACUAACUUUAGUACCAUUAAGAUUUUUUUUCAUUGUGGCAUUAUUUUCAUGACAAUUAAGCUAAUUUAAUGUGAAAAUAAAAAUACUUGUCAAUUAUUUCUACAUUAGGAAUUUUUAUAAUGUCUUUAAUUAUGCUUGUUGCAUUGAGCUGAUUGCUCACUUAAAAAUAAUAGAAUUACAGUUAUUGUUUAUUGUAAUACAAUUAAACUAAGGUAAUUACACAUUUUUUUACAUUGAAAUAUGACAAAAUUAAAUUUACAUUCAAUUGCUAAUUACAACAUUAAGACUUUUGGAAGUCAGUAGUGUUUAAUUGUCAUAAAAGUAAUGUCAUAAUAAAUUAAUGCUUAUAAAAAGGGGAAACUGUCUCAUACAUUUUGACAAAUCAAACAACAUACUUUCUACCUAGAGUUUAAGUGCAAUCAGUAUCAGUGAGGCUCAUUUGUUGCAUAAAAUGUCUCUCAAAUGAUUUUUACUUGGUGCUAAUUUCUGUUCCUAGUAGUUGAACCUUAAAUUAGCUUUUUAUUGUUUUUAAGCAUUGGUAGCUUAUGUUUAUCACAGUGUAGAUAGCUGGCAUUCAGAUCACCAAAGGUGACGUCUGUCUUCUGCUUGUUUACACAUGCUAAGUACAGUUGUUACUGAGUAGUGUUAAGGAGCUCCGGUGCUGAAGGAACUAUUUAAUUAGCACUUUUUUUUUUACUUAUCUAACCAUACUCAUUUGCUUAUUGUCUGUAACCUGCUACAUUGUGCUUAUUUUUUGAGUGCUUCCGCACAGUCUUGUGGCAUCAGACAAUUUUUUUUAUUAUUUAAAUUUUAUAAGCACAAGCAUCGUUUUUAUUGUGUAUAUAAAGUUGCGUAUAAAAUCUAUAAAGAUGUGUAAAUAAUUGUUUAUUCGUUUUAGAUUGCUCUGAUUUAGGUCAUUGUCUGAGUGGGCGUGUGUAUAUAUGUGUGUAUUUCCCCAUAAAGAGCUAAGCAGCAUGACGUCUCCAUUUUAAAGAGUUUCAAAACUCAUGAAGGCAGAUUUGUUUUUGUGAUUGACUGCUAGCUUAAGGGCUCAGAGACAAAUGAAGAAAAAACAGUCCACCAGCAACGGAAGAGUUGCCAUAUGUCACACUCCUGGUGAAAUGUUUUUUUUUU